AUGGAAAAAAAUUUAAUGACUAAGCUUAGUGAAUUGGCACGAAACGAAAUAGUCGAAGAACAAAGAUCAACCGACCCCAUUAAGAGUUCUCCUGAACAAAGAUCAACAAACCCGAUUAAGAGACGGCGAAGAUCGGAAAUUACAAGCGAUGAACGAGGCACUUCCAAUGAAGCAGAUAGCAAAAAGGACCGA